GUAAAAUCAAAAAUAUAUUUUCCCAUAUCACUCACAUACUUAACAUGAUUUUUUGUGGGUGAUAAUGACAAUACCUAACUCGACCCACCUGAGUAGUGCAAAGCUUACUCUUGUUGUGAAUAAUAACCAAGAGACCCACAUCGUAUAAACAAAUUAUCGGAGAGCUGUAAAUUUAUAUGUGUGCAUAUGUAUAUACAUGUAUGUAUGCUAAACUUUAUUCUGCCAUUCGUUGCUGUGCCGCCGGCGCCGGCUGCUUCGCUGCUUCGGCACUCAUUUUGCUCAUGCAUUGAAUUGACUUUUGGAUGAAUCCAUUUCAGUUGCGGUAGGAGCUCUGCGCUAGCGAUUUGUCGAUGACGGUGGACGACAGCAGCAACAAAACGGCAAUAGCGUGUGUGAAUUAAAUUUGAUUUUAAACAAAUUGUCUUUAUUUUUAUUCGUUCGCUAUUAUCUGCCAUCACUUUCGCUCAUGUGCGGGCCAUAUGCGAGCGCAUGAAAUAGUGAGAGCUUUUCCCCAAUUGUGUACAAUUUUCGAAUAUUUCCUAAUUAAGUUUAUAAUUAAAAUUAAUUGAAAAAUUACAUAUGCCUAAAUGCUUUUCUAAGUGAAGAAUAAAUAAUAAUGAAUGAAUGAGCACUUUAAUGGCCACAGUGCGCAUAGUGAAUAUCUUUACGAGUAAGAAUUCGGUGCAUAUGUGUGUACCUUGUGUUUGAAUAACGAAUAAACAUAAUUGAGCAGUUCAAAAUACAAAAAAAAAAUACAAAAAUUAUCUAAGCGCAGCGGAAAAGCACUUGACCGCCACAAGGUGCAAAUGGCAACUCUCGUCCUCCUGUUAUCUGCUCAGACCAGACAAAUCAUUCUGCGUUACCGCCUCGGAAUUUCAUAUUUGAAAUAUUUAAACUACACAACCAACAUAACUGCAUGUAUGUAGAAUAGGGUACAUGCCGAGAUAUACCUUACGAAAGACGUAGCAAAACAGUGAAUGAGUGCGAACCCCAAAGGAGGGCAGCAGCUUCAUCUGUUUUUUUAAAUAAUAUUGACAAAGCGCUCUCGUUAUAAGAGAGGUGUCGUCAGAGCCACUGCAUUCGUAUACGCUGGCAGAGCAGCCCGAAAAGGCAAAAGCCGAACGAGUCAAAACAAAGUGUCUACGAAGAGACAGCAAAAGCAGAGCGCCAAACAGCCUGGCAAGGCAACACACGCCAAAAUCACUAAAGACCCCCGCCCCUCCCACAAAUCCAAUAUACAAACUGACAUACAUACAAUAAAAACGCACCGAGCACUACUAACUGGCAAAAGCAAAACUACAGCGCUGUGAGCGUUUCUAUGCUGUGUGAGCAAGUUGAGUGGCCAGGUUUGCUGAGCUACUACAGCUCAGUUGGCUGCGAAGCGUUUGAAAUUUUAACAUUGCACCACUCACUCGAGUCAGUCAGUCAGUAUUUAUUUGCUCAGUGACGGACGCUUAGAAACGUACGCGGCAUUUAAGGGUUAAACAAAAAAUUUUUGUUUAAAUAAAUUUCUAUUUGAGCAACACCCCUUUGCGGCCGGCGAGAUCCGCGAGCGAGCGUACGACGAGCGGUGGUCUGGCAUAGAGGCGAAGUCGUAGUCACUGACGACGUCGUCGUCGUCAUAAUCAAAGCACGUUUUUCCUUAGCUGGCUGCGAUACACAUACUAGUACACAGAGACUCAUAAAUAUAUGGAUAUUUCUAUAUGAAUAUAUAGCUAGCUAUGUUUGGUUAGUGAAAUAGACAGACGAUGCGGCACGCUGUUGUAAAGCGACAACAAAACAACGUGUAAAAUCAAAGAAUUUGACUGCCUCUACGAUUUGGCGUAGUGUGUGACGACGCUUACCUACCCAAAUAUCAAAUUUUUUUUAAGCAACGAUAGACGCACAGGAGAACGGCUGAACGGUUGGCCCGUCGGAACGUCUUGCUUCGUUAAGCUAGUGCCUGUUGUUUGUUUCCCUGACUGCCUGCCUGCCUGCCUGCCUUACGCGUAAUCACACUACGAAGGAAGUAGAAACCGACUGUGGAAAAAGAGAAGCAGAGCCGGAGGCAGAAGAAAACUCGUCGUCAUCGGCGUACUCAUCGCCUCGUCGUCGUCGUUGUCGUUGUUAUCGUCGGUUGUGUGCGAGCAGCGCGUGAGUGUGUGAAAUCAAAAUCCUCAAAAUUGUCGCUGCCUGCCUACGGUUAACUACUUCCUUCAGCAUAUCCAGACAGAUUCACAUUUAGUUCGAGAUCUGUGCGGUACGGUGCGUGACGGCAAUAUUUUGGUUUAAGCGGCAAACACAAUACGAUUUUAUUUCGUUACGAAGUCGACUGAGGUCGAUUGAAAUCGUUCGUCUCGUUUCGAUACGAUUUAGGCUGCUGCUGCUGCUCAUUCAGUGCGCUGCUGCGGUCAACAAGAACAAAUAGCACACAAAAAAAAAAAAGAAAACAGAAAAUAAAAUUGUCUACAAAAAGUGCAAAAUUAUUGAAGAAACUUGUGGCCAUACUAGUUGUGCGGUAUCGCAGGUCGUCACAGCUGCUACACAGGUACAAACGGAUAUGGGUAUGAAAAAUGCAAACAGCAACAACACACAACUAAUGGCGCAGAAAAGUAGUUGUGGAAGGUAAGCAGCGCAUAGAAAGUUGCAACAUUGAGUUGUGAACAUGCGACACGACUCUAAGCAGCAUAUACUAUAUUGCUUCGUAGAAGACGCAGCUGAGGUAGAAGGACUUGAAUAUAGCGGCAGCUAAACGCUUGACGACAGCGUUACGGGCACUAAAUACCAACGUUGUAUACGCAACAAGCAUUUGAAGAACGCCGAACGCGCAGUGUGGCAUAAAGAAAUUCGUCUAACUCGCAGACUAGACACAGCUAAUAGAGAGACUAGCCGAAAACUAAGUACGCUGCUAACCGUAACGAGUUUAUAAAAAGUAAAAUACACAAAUAACGGCAUAGAACGAAUGUAAUUAAAUACGACUGUGGCGCAAAAAUGUGGCAAAAGCAAUAAAAAUACUAGAAAAUAAAAUAAAUAAAUAAAAAAUAACCGAAAAGUAAAGGAAACCUCAAAGCUGUAAGGCAAGAAACAAGUAAAACGCCAAGCAAACCGAAAGAAAACUAAGAAAAUUAAAGUGAAAAUCCAACUAAAACACGCUGCGCUGCGGCUUUACUGCCUUGCUGACUGACUGACUGCCUGCUUGACGCUCGCACACGCCUGGGCCGGUCGGACCAGCAGCAACAACAACACAGUCUAGUAGUAGUGGGGAAAUAGCGAUAGCAAACAGCUAGAGGCACACUUCCAACAAUUGCGACAAACCAGCAAGCAAGCGACGCGUCGGCAUGCCGAGACGAAGCCGUUUUCGUAAAGCGAAGAAAAGUGGCGAAAGAAAAUUCAUAAUUUUUAAUAUUUAAAAUUAAAGUGGAAGCAAAUACACAAACACACGCACGCACGCACACGAAUACGGGCACACAGCGAAAAGCGAUGAAAAUUGAGCGAAAAUAGAUAGCGGCAGUUGUAGUUGUUGUUUGUAUGUAUGUACGUAGUUGUGGUGGUGUUAGUGAAUAGAAAAUAUCUGCACAAGAAAGUGCAAUUGAAUAUUGAAUAGGCACAGGCAAAAGGCAAAGCGUGUGUGCUCUCAAACUAAACCAAAACGUCAACGCCAACGUCAAGGCGGGGCAAAGGAAGCGCACGCUUACAACAACAACAACAAAACUACAAUAAAAUCACUCAAACAAUUGUUCAAAUGUGCUCGCGUGUGUGGUUAAUUCAAAAGUAAAAUCGAAUUAAAGCGACGUAUGGGGUAUAAGCGCUUACAAUUGUGUUAGUGUAUAUACAUAUACAUACAUAUGUGUAUCUGUGCGUAUAUAGUAUAGGUAUUGUGUUGUCGAGCAUGUGCUGAGUAUAUGCACUUGUUUUUUUUUUCAUUACAAUUUUAAUUUUAAGCAAUUGUGAAGUGCUGUUGUUACAAUAUUAGUUAAGAGAAAAAAAUAUAAUAAUAAAAAUAAUAUACAUAUGUAGCAUAAGUAAAAACAUUGCUGAAAAUUACCACAACAAAAAACUGGUCUACGUGCUUUCCAUAAACGGGAAGACGAAGAAAUUAUGUGCCAUUUUCUAAACUAAUUAGUACAGUCGAAGCGAGACUAAAGCAUAAAAUACAAAAUAAAACACACGAAAUCAAAUUAAAUAAUUAUAUAAAGAAUAUAUAAUAAUUAAUAAAUUAUAACAAAAACAACAAAUUUACAUGCUAAGCCUAGUGUAUUAUGUGCUAAUUACAACAAAAAUUUAGUAAUAAUAAAUUAAAUAGUGAAACACCGAAAUUUCCUAUAAUGCAAAGAAGCUUUAAAAAUGCAACAAUAACAAAAAAAUAAAAAUAAAAUAAAAACAAGUGGAAAUUGACAAGGUCGUAGGUAUUCUUAACAGUAUUAUUAACACGUUAACACACAAACUUCCACCUACCAAACCAAAACAACACGCGUGACCCCCACAACGUCAAAAAGGUAAAAUAAAAAUAAAUAAAAAAUACAACAAAAAAAAUCCAAUACAAAACAAUCAUAAUAAAGCAACAGUGCACUAGCAGCACAAUACGGUGCCACACAGCGCGCAAACACGACGCGACAAACCCACACAACAACAACAGUAAAUAAAAAACAACAGCUAGCGAAAGGCACAUAAAACACAGGCUGGAGCACGGAGUCGACACAGCCAUACAAAGUGUGCGCGUGAAUUAGAAAAAUAAAAGAAAUAAACAUAUACACACACAUACAACAACAACACCGACAAAAAACGAAACGAAAAUGUCCUGCAUAUCCAGCAAUUUCAGCUCUUUCUUCCUCAAUUCCCUCAACGAUUCAUCAGAAUUCGCCAAGUAUUUGAGCAAUGGCGAGUUAAAGUUUUCGUCCUUCGAGGAUUUUCAAGUGUUCGGCUCGGGUGCGGGCACUGGCACGUCACCAGCGCCGCCAUCACCAGCAGCGGCUGCCGCUACAUCAUCAGCAUCGUCAUUAACAGCGCAGCAGGCAGCAUCGCAGCAACAACAACAACAACAGUAUUACAAUGGUGGCGUUGGUAAUAGUGGCAACAACAACAAUGCUAACAUAAGCGCUGGCGCCAACACGACGGGGUUGCCAAGCAGCAUUGAAUCGUCGUAUAAUAAUGGUGUAAUGAAUUCUAUUGGUAAUUGUGGCACGGAAACAGCCAACACUUCCACAUUAACGCCCACGAACGCCUCCAAUACGGCACCGGCCGGCGUGCAGCAAUUGCAACAUGCCGCACAUUUGCAUGCCGCACAUCAUACACCACAACAUCCCACUCAUCUGCCACACCACCCACAUCCACAUGCGCAACAUCCUUACGCCGGUCAUGCACCGCACACACCUGGCAGUCUCGCCGCUCCCAGCAAUGCCUUUCAUUCACACAAUCACCUCGCUUCACCGCACCUAUCAACAGCUGCGACGACGCCAAAUUAUCCGACAACGCCACAACGUUGGGCUACAGCUGCAGGUGCGAGUCCAAUGGUCAGCGGCGCGUCCGGUACACCGCAUCCUAUAACACAAUUACAGAAUAGCAAUCAAUCGGGCACGCCUAUUGUGCCCAAUCCGAGUGGUGCACAGCAUUUCGAUGGUUCCUUUGAAUUUCUUAAAUACCUGCGUCACUCGAACGAUUACAAUAACGGCGAGCCGCAAGGUGAUGCUGCCGCUGGCAGUGCGUCAGCUGGUCAAACGCAAGCAUCAACAUCAUCAUCGUCUAGCUUGAUCGAUUUGGAUAGUAGCACGUCGCAUAAAUCACGUUCUUCACGCAAAGCCGCCGCUCUAUUGUCUUCCGUAUCGCGCACUUCGAACAGUCUUGAUGCCAAUGCGCUGGACGUCUUCGAUCAUGAUUCCAAACACACUAUUUUCGAUAUGCAUCAAAUUACGGCUACAAAUAGUUCCAACUCAAAUGAAUCCUCCCUGGAGGUAUCCAAUUUGGCCUUUCCCAGCUCACACCUAAACGCUUCCAACUCGAAUACUUCUUCCGAGGGCGCCGCUACUGGCAGUUCGGACUUCGCUAUGUUACACUCGGGUUCGGCGGCUAGCGCGCCCAAACCAUUAGCUACCUUCACCAUUAAAGACAACUUUGAUGUGCAUCCAUCGCAUAAGGUGGAGGAGGGCAUAUUUCAGCAUAUGAAUAAAUUGCCGGCGAAGAAGAAGGAAAAUUUGAAGCAAUUAGGUGUGCGUUUUACCGGUCAAAUGACGCUCUCGGAUAAAUCGGUAGUUGUCGAAAACUUUAUCAAAUUCUGUCAGGAAUAUGACGUACAGGAUCAUCGACCAUUUCUCUCACUCAAUCAAAGUGGCUUAAAUAAGGCGGAUCAAAUAAAGUUUGCCCGUUAUUUGGGUCAGGGACUACCCACAUUUACGCUUUUCUGCAUUUAUAGUAAUUUCAAAAACCUUUUCUGCACUAAACGUACAGAAAUCUACACAAAAGAUGGUUACAAUUUGCCUUAUAUAUUGGACAAAACGAAACGUUUUCUAUCGAAUACAACGGCAGAUUUAAAAAAUAUGGUGCAUCAGCAAUCCAGCGAUAGCAUGGAUUUCGGACCGAACGCUGUCGGUGCAUUGGAUGGUGCCAGUGGCGGUGCGAGAGUCGGCAACAGUUUUGAUGCGUUACCAGCGCGUUGUAUAAUGCCAAAAGUUUUGGAAAAUUUAAUGAUUUACGAAAAUUUCGAUGUACACGAAACACAUCGUGUCGAGGAUGGGGUCUGUACACAUAUAACACGUUUGCCGCCAAAAAAGCAGGAAAUAUUCAAACAGUUCGGUAUUCAGAGUAAUCAAACGGUAACCUUUUACGAAAAGUACAUAAUCGUCGAAAACUUCAGCAAAUUUUGCAAUGAAUAUAAGAUUUCCGAUCAUAGACCCUUUUUGGACUUCCAUGAGAGUGGCUUACCCAAAUGUGAGCAGGUCAAAUUUGUACGAUAUUUGGGGCAGGGAUUACCAAAUUUGACACUCAACAAGAUCUACUUAUCCUACAAGGAACUAUUGGGAAUGAAUCGCAUUGAAAAAACAACAACCGCUGAUGGCUACAAUUUGGAUAUGAUUUUGAAGAAGAAGAAAAAGAAUUUAUACAAUCGCAUGCAGGCCGCAGUUCAUAGAGAAAGUAGUGAACCGGUGCCGCAAACUCAACCCAACGCUCAAACAACAACCGCACAAGCGGCGCAACUCGAUGGCUUUAAGACCUAACAAUAACCAUUGCAUUCGCACGAGUGCUAUAACGCGGAGCUGCGGCUGGGUGUGAUGUGGCCGUGGAGUGCAAAAAGGCAAAUGAAAGAAUUAAACUUGAAAUUAUACUUCCUGGAACUGGACCCGAAACUGUUGUGUCUUCAAAAAUUCAUGCAAAAAAUUAUGUUAAUUGAAAUAUAAUUGAAAAACAAGCGAAAAUAAAAAUUAAAUAUUUCUAAGUGCUAAAUUUAGAGCUUAUCGUAGAUAAUUUCAAAAUUUGUUUUUGAUAAAAAAAAAAUCAAAAAACUAAAUAAAAAUCAGUGCGAAAUGACAAAUUACUUAGUAAAAACACUGAAUAUGGUAAAUUGAGACAAGCACACGUUAAUAUACUAUAUACAACACAGGAAAGAAAAAACCAUAAACACAAAAACAACAGUAAAAGCAAUGUAGCGGAAUAUGCUAAGUUAUAUAUAAAUGGGGAUACACAUUUAAAAAACAAAUCAAAAGUUAUGUAACAACACAAUUUAUGAAACAUAAAAACUAUGAAGAAAUAUACAAUCAGAGAAGAAAUUCGUAAUUCAAACCAUUUAAAUUUCGUUAAUAUUAAAAUAGUUUUAUAAAAUGCAAAAGCACCAUUACUAAAUUAUUUUAUGAACAAGAAAAAAAAACUUUAACUUCGGUUGCACCGAAGCAAUAAUACCCUAAACAAAUACAAAAGAUUUCAUGCAAGAACUUGAUUUUGAUAGGUAAGUUUGUCUGACAGCUACAUACAUGCUAUAGUGGUCCGAUCUAAACGAUCAUUCUUCGGAGAUUGUAUCUUUGUUUUGGACAAUAAAUCACACCAAAUUUCGUGAUGAUAUCUUGUCAAAUACAAAAGUUUUCCAUACAAGCAAUGAAUUUUGAUCGAACAGUUUGUAUGACAGCUAUAUGCUAUAGUGUUUCGAUAUCGGUGAAAUAGAUGUGUGCAAAUUUUCAGGAUGAUAUGUCAAAAACUUAGGGACUGGUUCGUGUAUAUACAGACAGACGGACAUGGCUAAAUCGAUCCAGCUUCUCAUGAAUAUCAUUUAUAUAUUUUUUUUAUACAUAAUGUCUCCGACGUUUCCUUUUAUGCAAUGUUCAGGAUAUAAAAACUUAGAACGCACUAUUUUUAGUUUUUUAAAGUUAUUUGUUGAAUUGAUUCCCAAAUUGUUUACUACGACUUAAGCACUUUUGCUUUAACUUUAUUUUUGAAUUGCCGCUAUUUAUUCACUUAUAUAUUUUUUAUUUAUUAUGAUUAUUAAUAUUAUAUAUUUGUUUUUUUUUGUCCACUCAAAAUUUUUAGCGCAACUUUUUUUUUAAAAACGACUAAUAAAUCAAACAUACUCGCACCCAAAAAGUAAAAUAUGCAUAUAACACCAAAAAAUACUAGAAUCAAAAACCCUUGAAAAUCAAUCCAUAACACGUAAAUAUGGAUUUAACCUAGAAACCGACAAAAUCACUGAUUAACAUAAUAUUCCUAUAUACAAUACUUACAUAUAUUAUAAAAGUAAAAACGCAAUGAAAUCUGGAUAUAGUAUACAUAUUGUAAUAAAGAUCAACUAUAUAUACAUUAAAUUAUAUAUUAUAUAUAUUAAUGCUAUUAAUUGAAAUAUAUUACAAGUAAUAAAUCAAAAA